AACACUUACAGAUGAGCACAGAGACUCUGCAGUGACUUACUGACGAGUCGCACAAGCAAAUUCAUCAGUUCUAACUUAUUAGACUUAUUAGUUCUGCUCCAGUCUGUCAGAGUAGAAUGGAAAUGAUUCAGGAUACUUAUGCAAAUUCAGGAUUUACUGCAGACAACAGAAGGAAUUCAGACAGCAGUGGACACUCAUAUGAAGACAUUUAUGCCAAUGAAGAUGAAGAAAGACAUAAAACCAACAACAAAGGAACCUCCAGAACCGCAUGCAUUAUAAAUGCUGAGCAAGUGGGCAAAACCUCUCGCUCACAUGCAGCAGACCCUCAGUUCAAAGGAUGCUACAGACUGGCUGCAGUGUGUCUGGGGCUGCUGUGUGUUCUCCUACUGGCUGGCGUCAUAGUGCUGUGGAUCAAGUUCACCACAGAGAGAGACCAGCUACAGACCAGUUACACCAAGCUGACUGCAGAGAGAGACCAGCUACAGACCAAUUACACCAAGCUGACUGCAGAAAGAGACCAGCAACAGACCAGUUACACCAAGCUGACUGCAGAGAGAGACCAGCUACAGACCAGUUACACCAAGCUGACUGCAGAGAGAGACCAGCUACAGACCAAUUACACCAAGCUGACUGCAGAAAGAGACCAGCAACAGACCAGUUACACCAAGCUGACUGCAGAGAGAGACCAGCUACAGACCAGUUACACCAAGCUGACUGCAGAGAGAGACCAGCUACAGACCAGUUACGCCUCUGUGGUUCGUCAGCUUCAGAAUCCGGGAGAUUGUCUUCAGAAAUUCUUUAAUUUGGAGAAGGCCAUGCAGCAGGGCUGGACAUUUUUCAAGACCAGUAUGUACUUCAUCUCUACUGGAGGGAAGAGCUGGAGUGAGAGCAGACAGGACUGCAAAGGAAGAGGAGCAGACCUGGUGAUCAUAAACGACAGAGAAGAACAGAACUUCACUGAAAUAUUGAGACGAGGAAAGAGAGCUUGGAUUGGUCUGACUGACAGUGAGAAAGAGGGGGUCUGGAAAUGGGUGGACGGCUCAGCACUGACCACCACGUUCUGGGGACAUAGUGAACCCAACAGUAAUGCAGGAGAUGAGGACUGUGUCGUAACUGGCGAGGGGUCUGAUCCUGUAAAGAACUGGGCUGACUAUCCCUGUAAUGACCGGAUUGUUUGGAUUUGUGAGAAAAGUAUUUUUAACUCAGGGGUGUUAGAAUAAAUGACAACAAAUCAGUGAAUAUCAGCAGUUUGUUUGGAUCUGUAAGGGAAUAUUUAUCUGAAUGGUCACCAGGUCAGUGAAUAACAGCUCAUUUGUAUUUAAUUCACAAAUAAUUGUAAUUUAAUUCAUAAUUUUGGAGUUGGGUCAUACUGAAACCAUUAGCCUCAAAAUGAUAUGGGGAGGGGAGGUUCAACCAACUUCUAAGACUGAACUGUGGAGGUGUGGGAAAAUGUCCUUGCAGACUUCUAAGAAAAGCUGAAAGUGAGUCUCCUGAACGGAAUGUAAGUUGUAUUAAAGGAAAAGGUGGAUACAUUAAAUACUGAAUAUUUUGCUAUUAAAUUUAGUUGUGGAGGUUUCUGGGUAGUUUUCUCUUUAAUGUUUUCAGACUUUAUUUACUUUUAAAAGUAUGAAAACGCAUGAAACAAACAUCUUUUUUGUACAUCUUACAGUUUUUUAAUCAGAAUAACUUCACUGCAUAAAGUUCAUGUGAAUGCUAAACAUGCAGCUGUGUGAUAAAUUGUCCAUGUCCAAUACAAUUAAUAAAGCUAAGAGCUCAUCUAACAUACAUGGCAAUAAAUCAUGAAUGUGUUA